AUGGCCACACCCACCACCGACCCAAGCGACGUGGUCGCCGACGCCCUCAACGACUUUUUCGGCCAACUCUACGCCUUCUGCGAGACCAUCUUCGGCCGAUUCUUCAAGAACCUCUACCUCUCCUUCGCCGACGUUUCCUUGAACCGCUGGACAAAAGUCAUCCUCUCGGUGGUCGGCUACAUCCUUGUGCGUCCGUACAUCGAAAAACUCUUCGCCCACCUGCACGACAAGAACCACCGCAAGGAGCAGGAGAAGGUGCGCGCAGCCAGAGAGGCCGCCGCCGCCAACGGGGAAGCCAAGAUGUCAGCGAACGAGCUCCGCGGGGGUCGUCGGGCGGCGGACAACAGCAGCAGUGGCGGGAAGGUGCUAGGGGAGGUCGAGAACACGGACGAUGAGAUUGAUGAGGAGCCAGAGGAGGAUGUUGCGACGGCGAGUGGCGUGCCGGAGAUGGGCAAGAAUGCGCGCAAGAGGCAGAAGAAGCAGAUGAAGAAUUUGGAGAAGGAUGCGCAGGCGCAGGCGAGUACGCAUAACUUGUCGGAGGAGCAGCUUAUGGAGUUGUUGGAUUGGAGUGAGUCGGAGGGUGAGGGGAAAAAGAAGGAAUAA